AUGAAGUUCGUCAAGAGCGGCGCCCCGGUCCUGGCGGCCAUGAGCGGUAUCAUCGCGCCCAAAGACCUCAAGGUCGACAGCCCGAGUUCUAUUCGCAACGUUGCGGCGACUGUAGCCCACGAUGCCAUGGCCUACUACAAGGGCAACCUGACCACCGAUCCCAACUCCGUCGACAUCGGAGAUGUCCCUGAGCCAUACUACUGGUGGGUGGGUGGCGCUCUCUGGGGCGCAAUGCUGGACUACUAUCACUACACCAAGGACCCCAGCUACAACGACGUUGUGCUGCAGGCCCUGCUGCAUCCCACCAACCUUGCCCCGACCUUCGACUAUGUGCCCAAGGAACACGCCAAGGAGGAGGGCAACGACGAUCUCUUCUUCUGGGGCUCUGCCGUCAUGUCCGCCGCGGAGCGCAACUUCCCGCAGCCCAACGCAAACGCCCCCGCGUGGCUCGAUAUUGCAUCCAACGUUUUCAACUCUCUCGUCAGCCGCUGGGAUACCGGCAACUGCAAUGGCGGACUGCGGUGGCAGAUCUACGCCGACAACCCCAACGGCAUGACGUACAAGAACUCCAUCAGCAACGGCGGCCUGUUCCAGCUGGCUGCGCGACUGGCCCGAGCGACUGGCAACCAAACAUAUCUCGACUGGGCACAGAGGGCUUGGGAUUGGUCUGCCGAGGUGGGCAUCAUCGACCCUACCAGCUACCACAUUUACGACGGCGUCGACAUCAAGACCUCGUGCAAGCAGGUCAACAAGGCGGCCUUCACCUACACGAGCGGCGUGUACAUCUACGGUGCUGCAGUCAUGGCCAACUACACGGGCAAGAAGGAAUGGGUUGACCGCACCAGCAAGCUCAUUGACGGCGCCGGAUGGUUCUUUCAAAGCGACGGCAACGCCAAGAAUGUCAUGUAUGAAGCAGCCUGCGAGACCAACGACAAGUGCAACUACGACAUGAUCACCUUCAAGGGCUACCUGUCGCGCUUCCUGUGGCAGACGUCGGUCAUGCUGCCCUCGCUGCGCAACAAGAUUGAAGACUACAUGCUGCCGUCUGUCAAGGCUGCCGCAUCCGUCUGCACCGGCGGCAAGACCGGACAUGAGUGUGGAAUGAAGUGGUUCACGGGCUCGUUCGACAACAAGGCGGGUCUGGGUCCGCAGAUGUGCGCGCUCGAGGCGAUCCAGGGCUUGCUCAUCCACGAAGCUGAGGCACCCCUCCGCGGCAACGAAAUCAAGCACGUUCGCGACGCCAAGUGGACGCCCAUUAACACCUACAAGCCCGACACGGCCAAGACAAGCAAGCGCGACGCCCCUGUUACUAUAAGGACAUCGCGUCGUGGCGUCUCUUCGCCGACCAAGAGGUCUGAUGCCGCCGGCCGGCUUCUCCGCAGCGGCGAGACACUCUCACUCGCUCUUUUCGGCCUUGCCAUGACGGCCACGGCCUGGAUCAUGGCAUAA